CGGUAGAGAGAAUUUGCAGAUGGGAGAUGGAUAGUAAAGGUGAUGGGCGAUGGCGAUUACUUCUCUAGCUAUGGAAUCCUCUCGCUUCCACAAGCCUUUGUCUAUUGUCUUGCGGUACCUGACGUCGUCUGCUGGACCUUGCAUAUUACUCUCAAGUGGUCAGUCGUAAUUUCCUCUAAUGUGUCUCCAAUCUGCCUGAAGAGAGAGAGAGAGAGAGAGAGGGUGGAAUAUAUGAUCGCCACGUGUUGGGUAGCGGCAAUUUGUUAGUGUGGGACACUGGCGACGGUCGGAGGUGUUGAGGAUGUCAUAGGGAUGGAUGGGUCGUAGGGAGGGAUGAUGCUUCUUGCGAAGAGGGAGGCGCUUGUUGUCACUCGUAUUCUCAAGGAAUAAUGAUAAACGGAAUGGAAGAGCAGGACAUGAAGGGAGACUAGGAGAAAGGAGGGAGACUUGGGAGAAGAGUGCAGAUGGAUGGAUUGAUUGACGAAGGGGCAUUGGCAGCUGCUUCAUAUUCGCUUCCACUACAUCGCUCUUGUGGUAGCUUUCUAUCUCCAGGCGCACUGGUAGGAUAACGACUAUGUCAUUCUUUCAACUUUUCACUGCGUAUUUUUUAUUACAAUUAUUUUGUUUAGAUAUUUGACAUUGAACCUAUCGAAGCGUCCCUGCACACUCCUUAAUGCCGUCAUUCGUUCAACUACGCACCAAGCUUGCUCACUCCUUAGAUAUUUGACAUUGACUUAAGUGAGUAGCAGUCGAUCAACUACGAACCAAGCUUGCUCGAGUUAUGCUUUAAUUGCGCGGAGAGUGCCCGCGCGAGGGCGAUGAACUUGUCGGGGGAGGAGAAAGAGGGUACGGGAAGGGGAGGAGAAAGAGGGUACGGGAAGGGGAAUGGAAAGAGGGUACGGGAAGAGGAGGAGAAGGAGGGUACGGGAAGAGGAGGAGAAGGAGGGUACGGGAAGAGGAGGAGAAGGAGGGUACAGGAAGAGGAGGAGGGCGGAGGAGACCGCGAUGGAGAGCGAGGGAAAGAGCGAAAAAGAGAGCGAAGAGUGAGGGGGAGAGCAAGAGAAAGGGAGGAAGAAAGAGCGAGAGAGAGGGAGCGAGCGAAUGAUGGUGAAAUCAAACGGGGAAGAGAGAGAGAGAGAGGGAGGAGACCGCGAUGGAGAGCGAGGGAAAGAGCGAAGAAGAGAGCGAAGAAGAGUGAGGGAGAGAGUGAGGGAGAGUGCAACAGAAACAGGGAGGAGACCGCGAUGGAGAGCGAGGGAAAGAGCGAAGUAGAGAGCGAAGAAGAGUGAGGGAGAGAGUGAGGGAUAGAGCAACAGAAAGGGAGGAAGAAGAGCGAGAGAGAGGGAGCGAGCGGAUGAUGGUGAAAUCAAACGGGGAAGAGAGAGAGAGAGAGAGAGGGUGGAUUGGGGAAACGACACUGGAAAGAAAGAUGUGGAGAGGGAACGAGGAGCAGGGAGAAGAGGAGAAGAGGGGACAAAGAGAAUGAGGAGGGAAGAGAGAGAGGGUGAGGAGGAGAAUGUAAAGAAGAUAAGAGGGACGAAGGUGAGAGCAUGAAGGUGGUGAAAGAGAGGAAGAGAGAGGAGAAUAGAUGGGAGGCUGGAAUUCGGGGGAGGGGAGGAUGCAUUGUGAGAAAUGCGGCUUGAGAAGUGGAAUGCGAGCGAAUAAUCUUUGGCGCGUAGUGGUAGCACAGAGAAGUGGGGAAGUUUCUAGUGUGUUAUGAAUAGAAGGGCAAGUGAAGUUUCUAGUGUGUUCUGAAUAGAAGGGUAUGUGAUUGUAGAGAGGAGUGUGGUGGGGAAACGACUGAGAGCGGCGUGGACUGUGGAGAAGUGGAAGCAGCGCAGAAGGAUGUUAGAGAGAGAGUGAGCACUGUGAUUAGACCAUUUGGAGGGAGAGAAGUGAGGGUUCUCUUGGCAUGUGCUGUUUUUUUUUGUUUUUUGUUUUUUCUUCUGUGCCGAACAUGUACAGCGCCGCCGUGCGGCGAGUGUGGUGCGUUUAGGGAUGCAUAUGAUGCCUCGCUAAAUUAUGGAACAUUCGAAAUGCAUCUGGAUCUGGAGGUGGUCUUUAUGCAUUCGAAAUGUUGGAGGAGUUGGAAUGUAUUUGGACCGUUAAUCAGCCCAAAUACGUUUCUAAUGUAGGAUAGUUGAGCGAGGCAUAUAGAGCAUCAUGUGAAUAAGUUUGUGGCAGUGACUUGUGUCCCUCUUUGUUGCCUUCCUGUUUUUUUUUUGUUUUUGUUUUUUAGUCCCGAUCUAUUUCUCUUUUUCUUUUUCUUUUCUUUCCUUGUUUUGGUGGUAGUGGUAACUAUUAGGUAGGGGGAUGCGUGGUGCCACUGCAAGUUCACCCCGAGCUUCGGAUCAUCUCCUCAUGUCUAUGGGCCUCGCUGCACUAUCUCUCGAAAUGUGCAAAACGAGAGUGAAUCUUCCGCUAGAACAUGGAAAAAUACAGCGGCAUGAUUUUUGUCUUUUGUGCAUGUCGAGAGUAGUGCAGCGGGGCCCUAUCUCUCUUGUCUGUUUUUGGUCUCUCUGCUUGUUUGGGCCUCUCGCUCGAGUACUCGGCAAAUGUGCAAAACGAGAGUGAAUCUUCGCUGGAACAUGGAAAGAUACAUCGACGUGAUUUAUCAUUUUUGUCUUUUGUGCAUAUCGAGAGGAGUGGAGCGAGGCCCUUGUUUCUCCCGUCGUUGGGAGUAGUAGGAUUUCCUGUCUGUUCCUUCGUUCUGCGAUUGUUAUGGAAAGCGUGAGCGCAUACUGUGGACCUGAUUACGGCCAGAUGCAUCGAGGCGUGGCCGGAAUUGCGGUCAGAUACAAGUGUGAGUAAGCACUGAGAAUAGCUGAUCCGCGGAACUACCUAGUGCCCAUGUUGUAACGACACGGUGUACCAGCAACAACGACAGGAGGAUCGGAGUGAUGCGAGCAGGCAGGAGGGUUUUCGGUUUCCCUUCGCUUUUUUGCUGAUGAUGCCGUCGAUCACCUAAUCAGUCAUUCAGAAUGAGAGGCGUUCAGUAUUUCAUGUGUAUGUGUGUGUGUGUGAGGCGUUCACUAUUUCAUGUGUAUGUGUGUGUGUGUGUGAGAGAGAGAGAGAGAGAGAGAGAGAGAGAGAGAUGUGUAUGUGUGUGUGUGUGUGAGGCGUUCACUAUUUCAUGUGUAUGUGUGUGUGAGAUAGAGAGAGAGAGAGAGCCGUUGGUGGCAUUGGGGAGAAGAGAGAGGAUAGCGGAUGACGACCACG